CUUCUUCUUCUUCUCCUUCUCCCUUUGUCAAAUUGCAAUAUCUUCUUCUGUACUGUGCAUCUUGAAUCUGAUUGAGCAUAAACGAGACCAGGAAGGAAUCGACCUUCUGCAAAUUUCUCAUCCUCCUUUCAUUCUCUAUCAGCUGUCCACGAUCGAUGUGCUGAAAAUAGUGGAAGCGAAAUGGGGAAAAAUAGUGCUAGGAAUCUUACGCUGGUCCUCACUCUGUUAUGGACAGCCACCAUUCUUUACGGAGAGAUGUUUGCUUUCUGGCUUCCUUCCCUUUGGACUUGCUCUUGGCCACAUCUCACCCGCCAAUCUCCAUCUUCCUCCUCCUCCUCUAGCAAUGCGGCAGAAUAUACAGAUGACUAUGUGAAAGUUGCUGUAAUUGCUGAUCCACAGCUGAUGGAUCGAACUUCCCUUCAUCUUCCUCCAAAAUCUCUUGCACUGGAGAUUGCUCAGUUUUAUACAGAUUUGUACAUGCGCAGAGCUGUCCUGUCAUCUGUCUUGCCUUUCAAACCUGAUGUUAUUUUAUUUAUGGGAGAUUAUUUUGAUGGAGGAUCCAUCCUAUCUGAUGAAGAAUGGCAGGAAUCUUUGGAUCGUUUUAAGCAUGUUUUCGACCUGAGCACACUUCAAAGCAGAGGAAUUCCAAUCUACUACAUUCCUGGAAACCAUGAUAUCGGUUAUGCAGCCCAGCAUCCAUUUUUGCCACAGGUCAUCAAACGUUACGAGGAAAAUUUCCAUUCAAGAAACUAUCAUUUCAAAGUUGGAAAUGUUGAUUUCAUCGCCAUUGAUGCUCAAACUGUGGAUGGGAAUGUGCAGAGUAACUUGACUUCCGAAACCUGGAAUUUCAUUAAGGACUUCUCUAAAGAUGUUAAUUUGACUUCAAGGGUGUUAUUGAGCCAUAUCCCUUUAUACCGGCCUGACCAGACUUCAUGCGGCCCAUAUCGAUCGUCACCAGUUAUCAAUCAGAGGAUUCAUCGUGGGGGUCAGAAUAAUGGAGUCCUAUACCAAAAUUAUGUAACAGAGGAAGCAUCAAAGAACUUGUUGGAUUUGAUCAGACCAGCAGUCAUCCUGUCUGGUCAUGACCACGAUCAAUGUACAGUUACCCACAAAGCAAAAGAAGGGGUUGUGAUAGAGCAUACAAUAGGAACAGUAAGCUGGCAGCAGGGUAACUUGCAUCCUUCUUUCAUGCUACUUUCUGUCAGUAAUAACACUUCUACUACCACCUCAGAGAAGGAUAUGAUGAUACUAAUGGAUCUAUGCUUUCUCCCUCAACAAUUAUACAUCUACUUAUGGUAUAUAAUUCUAUUUGUUUUGACGAUUUUGGUCCUGGUCCUAUGGCCAAGAAAUGGCAUAGAGUGUUUCCAUUGGUUUGGGAUCAGCUUCUUGUUUGGAAUAGGAAGUGGUGGUGCAGUGAAAGAGAAAAAUGAAGAUGACGAGAAGUGCGAAUAUGAAAUGGUGUGGGAUGCAGAAGGAAAUAUGCAUCUUAUUAAGAAAGCCACGAAGCCUACCAGCCAAGUAUCAUCAAGUGAUAAGAGUGCCCUAGAAAGGGGAAAGGCUGUGAUGAGGCCGACAGCUAAAAAACAGAUGGUGGAGGAAGUGGAUGCGUCUAUUAUCGACAUGAACAGCUACACACAGGAUACAACAAGAGUUCAUCAUGGGUCCAAGGCAAAAGGCAAUGCUUGGACAAGAAAGAUAAUCGGGAGAAUGUUGCGUGCUGUUAGAAUGUUUGUCGUUAUUGCUGCCGUUAAUCUUCCUUUAUACAUGAUGUUACUCUUCAAAGAUUGGAUCGACAAAUAAAUAAUCCCCUUUUUCGCAAGCCUGGAUGGCUGGCACUAUUGAGUCCCUGGCUGGCUGGCUGGCACCUUCUGGUUUGGUGGUAUAGAGUGACCAUUUUGAAAGAAAGAUAUUUAUGUCCGAGGGAUUGUUUGUUUUUUGAGAAAAUGAAAUGUGUAAUGCCAAUUAUAUGAAUUUUGAUUAGAUUAUAUUUCUUUCAGAUAUCUUCCAUUAACAACUAAACUAUAGAGUAUAGACUUCACAUUCAAAUCAUUAAUAAUUUCUUUUUAAUGA